GAAGAGAGGAGGAGCGGCUGGGCGAAGCGGGGAGAACCACAGCCGUGCUGGAAAAGCUAAGGAUAGAGAGAUAGAUAGACAAAUAAAUAAAUAGACAGACAGACACCGGAAGCUACCGUAUGCGUGCGGAUAUGUGAUGAAUAUUGUUGCUUAGCUGCAAUUUUAGCACCAGAGAGAGAGAGAGAGAGCAGUCCUGUAGCGGAUUUGGAAGGACGGACAGACAGAUAGACAGACAGGUAGACAGACAGCUCGACUGAUCCACAGCUGUACAUGAGGCGAGUUGUUUAUAAAAGCUGAUAAAAACCGGAACCUGUCCGCGAGUUCUUUGUAAAAGCCGGAUUGAUUAAAGGGAAGCAGGCGUAAGGUGGGGCAGAGGGGUGAGAGCUGAGCGGUUCCACUCUGUCCGCCCCUUCUCUGUAUUUUUAACUCAAUCCUUCACGGACAUUUUUCCCCCUUUCAGAGGAGAAAAGGAAAGAAACCGCGCACGCAGGCUGUAUUUUCCGCUCGCUGGGAUUUGCGUCCACAAGCGCCUGUGAUUUCGUCUCGUGCACUGAGUGUGCGAUUUCCUGCCGUGGACACAUUUGGCAGGAAGCUGUGCCGUCUGGUUGUUGGACCAUGGCCGACGACGACGUCCUCUUCGAAGACGUUUACGAGCUGUGCGAGGUCAUUGGGAAGGGGCCGUUUAGCGUGGUGAGGAGAUGCAUCAACAGAGAAACAGGCCAGCAGUUUGCAGUGAAGAUCGUAGAUGUGGCCAAGUUCACCUCCAGCCCUGGUCUCAGCACAGAAGACCUGAAGAGGGAGGCCAGCAUCUGUCACAUGCUUAAACACCCCCAUAUCGUGGAGCUGCUGGAAACCUACAGCUCAGAUGGCAUGCUGUAUAUGGUCUUUGAGUUUAUGGAUGGAGCAGACCUCUGUUUUGAGAUUGUGAAAAGGGCAGACGCUGGGUUUGUCUACAGUGAGGCUGUAGCCAGUCAUUACAUGAGACAGAUCCUUGAAGCGCUGCGGUACUGCCAUGACAACAACAUCAUUCAUCGAGAUGUAAAGCCUCACUGUGUUUUAUUGGCAUCCAAGGAGAACUCUGCUCCCGUGAAGCUGGGUGGCUUUGGAGUUGCUAUACAGCUUGGAGAGUCAGGAUUAGUGGCUGGAGGCCGAGUGGGCACCCCUCACUUCAUGGCUCCUGAGGUGGUGAAGAGAGAGCCGUAUGGGAAGCCAGUGGAUGUGUGGGGCUGUGGAGUCAUCCUCUUCAUCCUGCUCAGCGGCUGCCUGCCCUUCUAUGGCACGAAAGAGCGCCUGUUUGAGGCCAUUAUCAAAGGCAAAUACAAGAUGAACCCUCGGCAGUGGACUCACAUUUCAGAGAGUGCUAAAGACUUGGUGCGACGCAUGCUGAUGCUGGAUCCUGCCGAGAGGAUCACUGUGUAUGAAGCCCUCAAUCACCCGUGGCUCAAGGAGAGAGACCGCUAUGCCUACAAAAUCCACCUGCCUGAGACAGUGGAACAGUUGAGAAAGUUCAACGCACGGAGAAAGCUCAAAGGUGCUGUGUUGGCAGCAGUCUCCAGCCACAAGUUCAGCUCGUUCUAUGGUGACCCACCUGAGGAGCUGCCAGACUUCUCUGAAGAUCCCACCUCAUCUGGGGCUGUAUCACAGGUACUGGAUAGCUUGGAGGAGAUCCAUGCACUAACAGAUUGCAGUGAGAAAGACCUGGACUUUCUGCACAGUGUCUUUCAGGACCAGCAUCUUCACACACUACUUGAUCUGUACGAUAAGAUAAACACCAAGUCCUCCCCACAAAUCAGGAAUGCUCCAAGUGAUGCUGUUCAGAGAGCCAAAGAGGUACUAGAAGAGAUUUCCUGCUAUCCAGAUAACACAGAUGUUAAAGAGCUGAGGCGAAUCCUAACCCAGCCCCAUUUUAUGGGCAUAGUCUUCGGAACAGAGGACAUUUUACACUUUCUGUUUGACAUGACAAGCUGCAUUUUCUGUCUGAUGACCUUCAAGAGGGGGGGGAAGGAGGCUGGUGAGGGAAUGACUGUUUUACAGCUGGUACAACAUGAGAUAAUGGCCUUACUGCAGACUCAUGAUGUGGUAGCUCAUGAAGUGUAUAGUGAUGAGGCACUGAGGGUCACACCCCCUCCUACCUCACCAUAUUUGAACGGAGAUUCACCUGAGAGCACCAACGGGGACAUGGACCUGGAGAACGUUACUCGAGUACGCCUGGUGCAGUUCCAGAAGAACACAGAUGAACCCAUGGGUAUCACACUGAAGAUGAAUGACCUGAACCACUGCAUCGUGGCCAGAAUAAUGCAUGGUGGCAUGAUUCAUAGACAAGGAACUUUGCAUGUUGGAGAUGAGAUCCGUGAGAUUAAUGGCAUUGGUGUAGCUAAUCAGACAGUGGAGCAGCUCCAGAAAAUGCUUAGGGAGAUGAGAGGCAGCAUCACCUUUAAGAUUGUGCCAAGCUACCGGAUGCAACAAUCGUCUUGUGAGAAAGAGUCCCCUACCACCUCCAGACAGUCCCCUGCUAAUGGCCAUUCCAGCGUUAACAGUUCUAUCUUGGACCUGCCAUCAACCAUCCAGCCAAAAGCACGCCAGAUCUCCAGACCUACAAUCAAGGGUAAAAUAUCAGUCAAGAUCUAUGUGCGGGCACAGUUUGAGUAUGACCCAGCCAAAGAUGAGCUCAUUCCUUGCAAAGAAGCAGGCAUUAGGUUCAGAGUGGGAGACAUCAUCCAGAUCAUCAACAAGGAUGACCAUAACUGGUGGCAGGGCAGGCUGGAGAACACAAAGAACGGCACAGCUGGGCUCAUUCCAUCCCCAGAGCUGCAGGAGUGGCGGGUGGCCUGCAUAGCGAUGGAGAAAACUAAGCAGGAGCAGCAAGCCAGCUGUACUUGGUUUGGCAAGAAAAAGAAGCAGUACAAAGACAAGUAUCUAGCGAAACACAGUGCAGUGUUUGAUCAACUAGAUCUCGUCACAUAUGAAGAAGUUGUGAAGUUACCAGCUUUCAAAAGGAAAACGCUAGUGUUAUUAGGUGCUCAUGGUGUUGGCAGGAGACACAUCAAGAACACGCUCAUCACUAAACACCCUGACAGAUUCGCUUACCCCAUUCCACACACAACCAGACCUCCUAAAAAAGAUGAGGAGAAUGGCAAGAACUAUUACUUUGUAUCCCAUGACCAAAUGAUGCAGGACAUCGCCAACAAUGAAUACCUGGAGUACGGCAGCCAUGAGGACGCCAUGUAUGGCACACGACUGGAGACUAUACGCAAAAUCCAUGAGCAGGGCCUCAUAUCUAUACUUGAUGUAGAGCCACAGGCGCUGAAGGUCUUGCGGACGGCAGAGUUCGCUCCUUAUGUGGUUUUCAUUGCUGCACCAACCAUCACUCCAGGCAUGAAUGAGGAUGAAUCACUGCUGCGACUGCAGAAGGAGUCCGAGAUCCUCCAGAAGACCUACGCACACUACUUUGACCAGACCAUCAUCAACAACGAGAUCGAUGAGACAAUCCGGCACCUGGAGGAGGCUAUAGACCUGGUGUGCACUACAGGACAGUGGGUUCCUGUGUCCUGGGUCUACUAGAACGUCAUUACCUCUCCUCAAAAUCCACCUUAAAUCCCCAGACUCUCUGUGAUGCAUCUUUGCGAAAAUAAAUAAAUUGAUAAAAAUAAAUAAUAAAGAAGGAAACAAACAAACAAGAAAAAAAUCAUCAUUCCCUGGAGAAAGGAGCCACCUCCGAUUUGUCUGACGAGCAGUGCACAUGACCUACAGACAAAUCCAAUCUCAGCCCUUCAGCCUACAUAGAUGUAGUGUUGUAUAAAACAAAAAAAAUACAGUUGUGAAUAUUGACAUGUCCUUAUUGAUGAGAUGCAGCAUUUUGUAGAGUUUUGAUUUAAAGAGACAGUAUCUUUAAAUGUUCUAAGUUUAUUUUCUGCUCAGACAGAGGAACAGCAGACAUGUUGCAGCAGUGCGUCAACACAUUAUUCAUCCAGAGCCUGUAUGUCCAUCAGCCGUUAUAAAACACCCCUCACCGGAACCCAUUAGUUUCCCUGUGUAUCACAAUCUGCUGUUUUAACCACUUUGCGGAUACUGUCUCUCUAAACAAGUCCAUACCUCUGAGAUCUGAGUUCUCAUGCAUGUGAAUAUUCAGAGACUUGCAUACUGUCAGUGUUAGCAGUGUAACGCUACUGUUAUCCACAGCACAGAACAUUCCAUAUGUCUGGACAAAUUCAGACCAAGUGAAGACCAGUGGAGAAUGAAGAUGGGGGGGAAAAAAAAAAAAGACCUAUGCACAUCUUUGGGCACAUCGGAACAUUUCGGAAGACUUUCUAACAAGUUCUUUUUACCAGCUGUGUAGUGAGAUGUGUUAAUGUCUCAAUUUAAUUUGUUGUUAAAAAUUCCUAGAGGUAAAAAAUAAUUUCCAAAAAAAAAAAAAACAACCCACAUCUAUUCUGGUUUUGCCAUUUCAGAAAAGUGUCAUCGGAGUAUUAAUGUUUUCAUGAAGCUAAAUCAAGAGGGGAAACAUUUUUAGUGUAACAGAGGUGCACACAGACACAUUUUACAAAAAAAAAUAAUAAUAAUCUGAAUGAUUCUGUAUAUGACAAACUGUUUACUUCAGACUGCCCUGUGUAAAUUCCUCUGCUGAUGACUGAGCAGCUCUUCAGUAUGAAGCAUUUUUUAAAUAUAUUUCCUUUUCUGUGGUGAAGAA